AAGAAAAAAAUUUCUCCAGAGCUAUGACAGUAGCUAAGGUACAUCCGCUAAACAGGAGGCAAACGAUGGUCGUCGUCUAUGAUAUCGAGGCCGCCGCCAGCGCCGUUCCAUCCACCGUGACGAGCAGCAAGCCACUCAAGCGGAUGCCACACCUGUUUGCCAAAGUUCUCCAGCUCCCCUUUCGAUCGGACAAGGACGUCGAGGUCCACGAGACUCCGGAGUGUUACAUGUUUGCGAUCCAGCACUCGGGCCUGGCGGCGGAGGAUGUCCGGGUCCAAGUUCUCGAGAUCGUCCCUGGAGCUGUCAAAGUGGUGGUCGGGCUGCUAUCUUCUUCUUCCGACGAGAAUCAGGUCGACUGCUGGAGGUUUCGGCUCCCACCCACGACCUCGCCAGAGGCGACCCGGGUGGAGUACUCGGACGAAGUUCUCCUUGUCACGGUUCCAAAGAUCGAAGCCGGGGGUCUGGACAGACUUGCUUGAGAUGGUCGCCACCGUAGAGUUUUCUCUUGUAGCAUAUCUCAUCUGGAAUAAAGUCUGGUUUUCCCGUCA